AUGUCACGAAAUUGUUUUGUCCCGUUGUGUAAAGAAGGAUACCCUCUACCAGCACCUAAGGAUCCUAAAGUCUUAGCACAAUGGGUUAAAGCAAUUCCACGACCAGAUCGAGAUUUGAGAUCAGGGAUAGACCGUGUGUGUGAAAAGCAUUUUGCUGAAACCAGUCUGAUAAAAUAUUUUGAAAAUGUAAUGGCAGAUGGUUCAAUCCAAAAAAUUGAAAGGGAUAGAAUUUGUUUAAAAGAAAAUGCAGUACCGUCAUUGUUUCCAGAUCUACCACAUUACUUAUCUUCUAUAAAAAAAAUACGAAAACCCCAAGUUCGACAUUUGAACACAAAAUCUAAUAAUGCUGAAACUCCUAACCUCAAUAGUUCAUUUAAUACUACAAUCAUCGAAUAUGAUAUAUUUUACAAUUUUGUGAAUCAAUUGAAAAGUACCAUAUUACCUGAUGCCACAUUUAUUUCCAUGGUAAAAGAUGAUUUGGUUAUUGGAUGGUUUAAUAAUGACAAGGAUACAGUGUUCAAAAAAAUUAUCAUUUAUAAAGAUAAUCUUAACAUACAAGUGUUUGUAAGCAAAGUCAUAGUGAAUGUUGAAGGAAUAAUGCAAACUGCUACAGAAUUUGAAGAUAUUGAAAAAAUUAUAGCUAUAGUAAAUAAUUUACAAGCUUGCAGUGGCACUGGUCUUGAUAAAAGCCCACAAUCAGUUGCAUGCUAUGGUUAUGUUGAUGCAAAGAAACCAGGCACAUCAUUUACAGAUUCUCGUUGCACUGUAUGCUCUAAAGAAAGAAAAAAUAUGAUAGAUCUUCAGAGAAUAUAUACUUUAAGACAGAGAGAAAUAAAAAAAAAAAUUAAAGAAACAGAAAAGCAUAGGUAG